AUGGAAAACCUCAGCAUCUCGGAGCCGCCGCACCAGGGAGGGGGCGGCGUGGCGGCGCCCGCGCAGCUGCCGCCGCAAAUGUUUACAACGGCGGCGCAGCUGCUCGACCUGACGGACAAGAAGCUCAUGGUGGUGUUGCGCGACGGGCGUAAAUUAGUCGGUGUCUUGCGAAGCUGGGAUCAGUUCGCCAACAUUGUCCUUCAAUCCACCACCGAGCGCAUAUUCGCCCCCCAAACCACCACCACCACCACCACCACCAAAGCCGACCCCUCCUCUGACUCUGACAUUCCCGCCGCCGCCCCUCGCGGGCUCUACGCCGACAUCUUCCACGGCAUCUUCCUGGUGCGCGGCGAAAACGUCCUGCUCCUCGGCGAGAUUGACCUCGACAAGGACGACCUCCCGCCGGCGGGCUUCGAGCUCGGCGCCGUGGACGUGGUGAAGCGCCUGGCCGAAGAGGCCAAGGCCCAGGAGAAGAGGCGCGACAAGACGAGGGGCAAGAAGCUGGCCAAGCUGGGCUUCGAGGGCGAUGGCGCGGGCGAGAUUGUUCUCCUGUGA